AUGUCUUCUCUGCGGGUGUUGGCCGUGGGCGACAACACUAAUGUGCUGCUAUACGCUUGGCGAAUCCAGCAGUCGAAAAGUGUGAAUUUAACGCAUCUCAGCAGCGCCAAGACGUCAGAAUAUAGCGUUGAAACGGCGCAAUAUGGCAGUGACACGUUCUGUUUCGAGCAGCACUUUGAAAGCGUGGACCAGAUGCUAGCCAGCGGCGACGGAAGCGCCCGGGUGUUCGACCUCGUCAUUCUCAGCGCUGCCUCGCUACAGGAACUGUCGAGUCUGGCGGCGAAACUCAACCCGGUGCUGAAUCUGAACACCAAGAUCCUGGUGGAAAGCUCCGGGUUCGUGCAUUUAGAACCCUUUGUCAAAAUGUCAAUCGAUUUUGGCCAACUUAAAGUAUUUUCGGUCAUGUGUGACUUCGACUUCCGCCAGGUGUCACCAUCGCGUUUCGAACAAGCCGCACACCAAUUGGCGCCUUGCAACCUCUACCUCGGAGAAUCAGGCGUCAAGGGUUCCACCAAGUACGCCGCUGACAAUGUGGCUCUCUUAGAGACUUUCAAAAGGCUCUUCGUGAAGCUUUUUCCACAAGACAAGGUCCAUGUGUGCAACUUCUCUUAUGCGGAAUUUCUGUCCCAGCAAUGGAAACUAGCGCUUCCUCGCAUUUGUUUCGACCCACUAUACAUUCUGCUGGAAAACUCCCGACCCGAGGAGCUCAAUGAACAAAUUCUCGCCAAACCUUUAAUCUCUGGGCUGGUUACUGAAAUUAUCACUGUCACCAAGACCAUGGGCGCUAAACUACCACCUGGGUUUGACAACGAAAAGGACCUGUUACAACAGUGGCUCAAGACGACAAACAACGAGCUGCCGCAAUUGGCUUAUCAUUUUUGCCAGAAAACCGCUCCCUUGAACGUGGACAUGUUGCUGUUGCAGCCAAUAUUACUUGCCGACGAUUACGGUAUCAAAACUCCUUAUUUGGAGUUCCUUUACUCGAUGAUGUGUCAGUAUCAGAAAAUGAAUGACGGCGAAUCCAAAUUGUUUGCUCGUACGAGUAUACAGUCGAAAGUUACAGGAGAACUCACUAAGUUGCAACAAGAGCACAUCGAACUCAAGUCCCAACUUCACUCUGUCCAAAAUAAUUUAGCGACUACAAGUCAAAGUCAUAUGGCUCAAAUAAAGGCAAGAGACGAUCAGGAACACCACCAGAAAAAUGAAAUUGCAUUUCUUAAAGGGCAGAUUGCCAAGCUCAACAGCGACCUAGCAAAUGAGCAGCGCAAAGUGAAUGGCUUCGAAGCAAAUCACAAGAAACUCCUUCAGGAUCAACAACAUCUUCAACAACAACUGCAAAUACAACAAUAUUCACAGAUGCAAUUAUCCCAGCAGCAUCAACCUCAACCCCAACAGGAAAGAGCAUUAGAAGGCUCGCAGGCAAAAUUGAUUUCUUCAGAGUCAGCAAGCAAAAGUUCCUCUACUGGAACACCCAACCUUCGGGACAUCGAAGAUAUUGCUGUAUAUGGGGUUCAUUACGGGUUGUCUCCGUCACAAAGGCCUCAACCGGAUGCAAAAGAAGCUCAGCCCGUCCUUGAGGCUGCGACCUCAGCCACUGGCAUUGAGGCUCAAGCUGCAAACACUUAUAAUAAUGCUCGCACUUUGCCAGUGGAAGGGGCCGGCACCGACCUACGCGAGCGUGAGCUUGAAUUACGCAGAAGGGAAUUGGAACUGCAAGAAAAAGAGUUGGAGCUUCAAAGAAGAUCCGCGGUAAGACCCAGACCUAACAAAUAUCAAAGUGCCUCUAUGCUACCGUCACACGGAGGCCCAGGUCCCACGGUCAACGGCCAAGGCGCACGGAAACCUUCUUAUUCGCAAGCAGGCUCCAGGAACAACAGGCAAAUGCAUGGGGCCGCACAGCCUGGUAUUCCUAACAUGAUAGACCCCGUUGGUAUGCAACAUAGUUUUGGACAGCCCUCCGUCUCCGGAGUGCCGGGACAAUUGGGACCGGCAAUUGGAGCCCCAAUUGGUGGAACUUCGGGGUCUCAAGGUCACCCACACCAAUUCAAAACUACUAGUCGUAAGAAUAGACGCAGUAACAUGCCUAAUUUGCGCCAUGCAUCGAGCGUUGACGUUUUGUCUAUGGCUGGAACGGGCACUGCUCCACAUGGGGCUCCUCCAUCAAUUGCAGCCAAUAGCUCGGGCACCAGACUGAACUCAAUGGCUGGGAAUGGUCCACCGCCUUCGAUGAUGCUUAACAGGCCGCAGAAUGGCAGUGGGCUGCACUUGAACAACAUACCGACCCCAUCUUUGCUAGGCCCCAAAGCCGGAGCUCCUUACUCUGCUGGACCUGCUUCCUCAGUGCCCCAACAGCAAUUCAGACAAAUAAGCUCUAGCACGGUGCUUGCAGAAGAUCCGGUCCAGGCGAACAUCUCCUCUCACACAGUGGUUCACAAUCCCGUUCCACAACAAGUUUUUAAUGGACAUUCCAGCGGCUCUUCGUUAUCAGCUGAGUCCCCAUCGGCCAUGUCGCCCAAUGGCAACAUGACGGUCAGCGAUCCAUCUCCGAUUUCGAUUUCAGAAGUCAAUGGCCAAGACAAGACACCAGUCCCUACUCAAGAUGCAGGCACAAUGCUUGACACGGGCUUCGAACUCGACGCCAAGGACGCGACCAAGAAGAAGUCUAAGUUUGGCCUAUUUGGCAAAAAACGGAACAAGAACUAA